GUCUGUGCACAGUCAGUAUUCACUGACAGUACUUGCCCAGACACGUUCGGACGGGUCAGGACGAGCGAGCUAGCUAGCUGAGAGAGAAGAAAAACACUCCACUGACGGUACAACCGUUACUUGAAGAAUCCAGGCGGAGAAAGAUAAUUCAGUCUUCAGGUUGUUCCUCGCCUUCUAGAAUUCUCGAGAUGUGGGAUAUUGUUGCCGUCGUGGUGGGAGCCCUGCUCCUUCUCAUCUUGGGCUAUUUGUACUACAGCGGACUGUUCUAUCCCAUUAGCAUCAAUAUUACCAAACCUUAUGAAGGAGAGUUGCCAAUUGCUUACAAGUACAUGAUUGGAAAUUACAAAGACUGCGGGCCGGUAUUUAUGGAGUUCAUGGCUGCCACGUCCCACAAGACGACGUUGAUGGGCGUCUAUUACGACAACCCGGACGUAGUUGAUGCGAAUAAAUGUCGCUAUAUUGUUGGGGCGUUGUUGACUGGUGAGGGAGCACAAUAUCGUGACACUCUGAUGGGAAGAGGUUACGCACUGACCACCAUUCCGGCAUUGGAGAAAGCCGCUGUUGUGGACUUCCCAAUGGUCAAUAAGUUGUCGAUCAUCAUUGCCGCCAAACGCAUUUACUCGGCCCUAUUCACGUACCUGAAGGACAAGGAGUUGACCCACAAGGGGUUCACGCUAGAAUUGUACUCCGGGAAUAAUAUGCGUGUUGUGCUACCCGUCCUCCCAGAUCCUGAUCCAGCUUUCUUUGUGAAAGAACUGAAGUAGAAAGUGUGCUAUGCUACUGUACUUGGCUUGCCCCGUGAGCAGUCUCUGUCAGUCUACCAAGGCCUCUCAGUUGUCAUGGAUCGGUCAGUCAUGGUGGACCACUUGUUUGUCAGCAGUCCAUUUUUUCCAUUUUUCCGUCGCAGAAAUCCAGUCAUCUGCAGCCAAGCAGUGUGUUUCUCGUUUAGUGUGGACAAAAGUGGUUUAUCUUUGCCAUCUUCAGUUCUCUCCUUUCCUUUUGAAAUUUCUCUACCCUUCGUAAAUGAUCGUUGAGUGCAGGCUUAUGAUGUGGUCUUGUUUAUGUAAGCUGUUACGGUGCAUCGCAGGCAAAGUAGGGAACUCUUCUUUUUAGUUGCCUUCGUAGAUACUAUUGUUGUGCAUACAUGUACAAUGUCAAGUACUUUGUGAUAUCAAUAGCUAGCCUUCGAUUUUUAUACUGAAUUGAACUAGAUGUUUCACGUGAAAUCAAUCUCAGCCCAUAGCAGUA